AUGCCACGCUGCCUACUCAUCACCUUCGACGCAUUUGCGACUCUCUUCCAUCCUCGCCGUCCUAUUCCGGAAUUGUACGCCUCAGUUGCCCGUUCGCAUGGUCUGAACGACGCGUCCAUAACUCCUGCUACAUUGCAGUCAGCCUUCAAAACCGCGUACAAAGCAGAAAGUAAAGCUUACCCGAACUACGGUCGAGACCUGGUGCUGCGUGGCGAAUAUGGAGGACCAAAACAAUGGUGGACUGCUGUGAUCAAAUCCACGUUCGCGAAUGCUUUGAAUCAGCCGGAUUUACAAUUACCUGGUGGGAUGGUCGAGAGAUUGAUCGAGACUUUUGCUAGUCGAGAGGGUUACUCUCUGUACGAAGAUGUCGAGCCAUGUUUUGAUGAGCUUAUAAAAUACAAGGUUCAUCAAUCUGAGUUUGAUUGUGUCGUGACGGGUGCUGUAUCGAAUUCGGAUGACCGUGUUUCUGCUGUGUUGAGAUCGUUGGGAUUGUCGGUAGGGCGGACGCGUGCUGAUGAAGAUCGAUCCAGUACACUGCUACCAGGAUUUGAAGUGACUGUCUCUGAAGACUCGACAGAUCGAGGACUGCAGCCGAACGAUAUCGACAUGGUCAUUACAAGCUACGAGGCAGGACAAGAGAAACCGAAUCAACUAAUCUUUGAUGUUGCGGCACGACAGGCAGAUCGCCUUCUGAGCGCGGAGAAGUCUACUAAAUACGAUCUGAAUGAUAUCGAAUGGACGCGUAUACAUGUUGGAGACGAUUUUGCAAAAGACUACCAAGGCGCAACGAACGCUGGCUGGCGUGCGAUCUUACUCGAUCGAGAAAGAACAUUUACUGAUACAUAA